AUGCGUAUCGAGACUUGUUAUUUUUGUUCAUCGCGAAUUUAUCCAGGACAUGGAAUACAAUUUGUGAGAAAUGAUUGCAAGAUAUUCAGAUUUUGUCGAUCAAAGUGUCACGCAGCGUUUAAAAAACGCAAGAACCCACGUAAAACAAGAUGGACAAAAGCGUACAGGAAGACGGUCGGCAAGGAACUUGCUGUUGACCCGGCAUUCGAGUUCGAGAAACGUCGUAAUGUUCCUGUCAAGUACAACCGCGAGAUGUGGAGUAAGGUGAUAACAAGUAUGAAGAAAGUUGAGGAGAUCAGACAGAAACGAACCAACACUCAUAUCAUGCAGCGGCUCCGAAAGGGUCGUGAGUUGGAGGAGGAUAAAGAUAUCAAGGAAGUCCAGCGUAAUUUAUGUCUCAUUCGGUCUCCAGCUGCUGGACUCAAGAACAAACACAAGGCUGAGGAAGCCGAAGACGAGAAAAUGGAAGAGUCUGAAGACAGCGAAGUCGAAGCUGAAGCAAUUGCUGUUGAAAAUUGA